CUCAGGAGAUUUUGCCUAUUUCGUUUGCGGAGUUAAUCCGAGACGUUAAUCUGGGCCCUGCAGCCUCUUUCCUUUCUGCGGCUGCGCUUUUGCCCUCUUCCGCGUUCUCCACCAAGCAAGCAGCAGCAGCAGGAGAAGAGCAGAUCAGCAAGAGCCGGAGAAACCUCCCCUAGCUUCGCUAUGCAGCCCAUCAAGGUGUACGCCGACCGGCGGUCGCAGCCCUCCCGAGCCGUCAUCAUCUUCUGCAGGGUGAAUCAGAUCGAUUUCGAGGAGGUCACGGUGGAUUUGUUCAAGUCCCAGCACCUCACCCCACAAUUCAGAAAAAUAAACCCACUGGGGCAAGUGCCUGCAAUUGUUGAUGGAAGAUUCAAACUAUUUGAGAGUCAUGCUAUUUUGAGGUAUCUUGCGUCCGUGUUCCCUGGAGUUGCAGAUCACUGGUAUCCAGCUGACUUGUUCACCCGAGCUAAAAUUGAGUCAAUCUUGGAUUGGCAUCACUCAAAUUUGCGUCGUGGUGCAGCAACACUUGUAAUGCACACAGCAUUGGCUCCCUUUCUUGGUCUUACGACAAGUCCUGAUGCUGUGAAGCAAGCAGAGAAACUUCUAUCGCAGUCACUGGAAAGGAUUGAAUCAGUGUGGCUGAAAGGUGGUGCAAAGUUCUUGCUAGGUAGUCCCCAGCCAUCGAUUGCAGAUCUGAGCCUUGUUUGUGAGAUAAUGCAAUUGGAGAUCCUUGGCGAUGACGUGCGUGACCGAUUUCUGGGAGCUCAUGAGAAGAUCCUCGUCUGGAUGGAUAACGUGAAGAAAGCCACGAGUCCUCAUUUUGAGGAAGUCCAUGAGCUCCUCUUCCAAGUGAAGGCACGCAUGCUAAGCAAGGCUGCAGCAGCAAACCAGACUUCUGAGCCAAGCACAAAGCACAAAAUUGCAUCAAAGCUCUGACCGACUGCACCAAAAGAAAUAAGAAACUGUUGCAAGUAUGAAACAAGCGUCGGCAAGAGUCUAUGACUCUAUGUUGCCCAUGAUGAAAAUAAAACGAAACUGGACUUGUAUGAAAUUGGUUAUUUACGCUGAACAAUGAUUGAAAGGACUUUCCUCAAUGUCUGAAUCAUUA